AUGAAGAACUUAACAACAUUUAGUCUUCUCUUAACAAUUGUCGCCCUCCUCACGGCCGCCGCCACCACUGCGGGGGACACCCCAUGGUUCCAAACCUUCUGCCAAGGAAACAAAGCCACCACCAAGCUUCAUUUCUACGUCCACGACAUCCGCGCCGGCCCUAACGCCACCUUGUUCAACGUCGCCAACUCCUCCAUCACCAACACCUCCCCCACCGCCUUUGGCCGGGUCAACGUCUUUGACGACAAGGUCACGGUGGGCCCGGAGCUCGGCUCGGAGGAGGUGGCUAGAGGCCAGGGCACCACCACUUCCAUGGACCUAAAUGUUCAAGCAUACUCCAUGAACCUCAACUUCUUCUUGACCUCGGGUCCGUACAAGGGGAGCACCGUCACCAUCAACGGCCGGAACCAAUUCGCCGAUGCCACGAGGGAGCUUUCCGUCAUCGGCGGGGCCAAGGCUUUCCGGAAUGCUCGUGGAUAUGCAAUUACAAGUAGCUAUUCUUAUGAGGAGGUCAACAACUACAGUGUGCUCGAGUACACGGUUUAUGUCACCACGCCUAGGAGAUGCUCGUAUAUCGAGAGGGCUUAA